CAUUGACAAACUCCAUAGCAACAAUGACCUCCGCUCAACACGAUAUCCCCAACCCUCCGACCGACACCAUCUCCAGCCUCCAAUUCUCCCCCUCCACCACCUACAUCGCCGUCGCCUCAUGGGACCGCACCGUCUCCAUCUACAAGCGGGCGGAAAGCGACAGCGACACCCCCUUCGCCUUCUCCCACCGCAUACAAUGUCGCGCACCAGUCCUCGAUCUCUGCUGGGGCGCGGAUGACUCCUCACUCUACUGUGUCGGACUGGACUACGACGUGCGAUCACUACCCAACCCUAACGAUCCGAAUGGAGACGACUCGCAACGCGUCCUCUCCACCCACGAAGCAGCCAGCAACAAGAUUGCCUACAGCAGGGAAGAAGACCUCUUACUAAGCACCAGCUGGGACGGAACUCUCCACAUCCACAUCCAUCCGUCAUCACAGCAAGAUAUGCGCUUCACCCGCCUGCGCCUCUCCGCAAAACCCUUCGCUCUCUCCCUUUCCGUCGACAAAGCCGUCCUCGCAAUGGCCGAACGCAAGGUCUCAGUCUACGACCUGCGCGCUCUGGGUAUGCUCGUCGAGCAGACCGGCGGCACUUCGGAUCGAGAAGACAUCCAGGAAGGGAUCCAACCCUGGCAACAGCGCGAGAGUAGUUUGAAAUUCAUGACUAGGGCUCUAGCGUGUAUGCCGGAUAACACCGGGUUCACGAUCGGCUCCAUCGAGGGGAGGUGCGGGGUGGAGUGGUUCGAUCCCGAACGGCAGAAAGACACCUACGCCUUCAAGUGUCACCGACAUGUCCAUGAAUCCAUCGCCGACCCUGCCGAUCCGGACUUGGGACUCACGGAGAGCGAACUCGCGGAAGCAAAAGCGAAUCCCUCAAAAGCAUAUCUAGAAGAUCUAGAACUAGUCUACCCCCUCAACGCCCUCGCCUUCCACCCCCUCCACGGCACCUUCGCGACGGGAGGUGGAGACGGGUUAGUGUACGUCUGGGAUCGCGAGGCGAAGAAGCGGGUCAAGGUUUAUGAUUUCGGCAAGGAGGUGGAGAGUGUGGCGUGUGUGGACUUUAGUGGGGACGGGAGGUUUAUGGGGGUGGGGUUGAGUCCGCCAUUGGGGGCGCAGGAUGAAGGGGAGGAGGUGGAGGUGGAGAGGAUUAGGGUUGUGGUUAGGGUGUUGGCGGAGGGGGAGUUGAAGGGGAAGGGAAAAGUGGCGAAGAAGAAGUCGGGUGAGGGCGAAGCAUAAAAGCAGGAGGCAGACGUUUGCCGUGCAUGUCUUGAGCAUGCUUUCGUCUAAGCACGGUGGAUGAGGUGGGUGCCGGAUUAGCGCGGCGUUGGCGGUGCUCUAUUUCGUGGUAUCAGUAUCCGGCGGCGGCGUCGUUGAACAAGUUGGGAUUUUGGUCUUUGUCAGCGUCGAGUCGAGAUGACCGUGAAGCCGGUGGCGCAUGUGUUGUUUCACGGUACGCAGUUCUGUACCGUCUGGGUAGCUGACGGUGGCGGAUCAUGGCGCCACAUGCUUAGGAGGGAUUUAGUGAACGAUCAAGCAGAAGACGCAGCAUCUGCAGGCCGACAGCCAGUGAAAUAGCGCCAGGCUAACUCAGACCUGUCCAAUGGCACACGCUUAGGAUCAUUCGGUUCCCUGCCAUUGAAGAAGAGCGCGUUCAUGUAGGCGUGGGCAAACGGUAUGGCGACGUCCUUGACCACCUCGCGG